UCCUCGGCGGGCCGCGGGUGCGUUCGCGCCCCCGCCCGUCCCGUCUUCUCCUCCGGUUUGAGUCGGUUCAACGGCUGUUUCUCGGGGAGUGUUUGUUACCCGCGGACCGGCGAGCGAGUCGCGUGUUCCCGUGCGCAGUUUCGCGCCCACGGCUGUCACGGUGCGUUAGUAACCCUAGUUUCAGUGAGACCUGUGGGAAGACCUUCCAACUGCAGGCGGCACGCCUCGUGUCGGGGUUCGCCGCGAGCCUGGCGAGAGGUUACAAAAAUAAAAAGCGAGGGGCGGCGGGGGCGGCGGCUGAGCGGAGCGCCCAACAACAACGCUGCCGGUUUCCGAAGUAUAGUGUAUUUCGACUAACGGAGGAAGAAGAAGAGCGGUUUUGAACGAUGGGCGGCAGGGGUCGGGGCCGAGGUGGGGGCCGAAGCCGGGGCUGGAACCGCAAUGCCGCGACCGCUGCCCAGGCCGGACCGGCUCGAGGAGAUGCUGCUAGAGCCGGAGCAGUCCCUCGCCCACCUAGAGCCCAACAGAAUCGGAUUGAUUCGGCCGCUCAGAUGGGCCAGAUGAACUUGGGGGCCCAUGCCCAGCCUCAGCCGCAACCCGCAGGCUCAGGGCGGGCCGAGGGACGACCUGCUCAGCCUGAUUUGGCCGCUCAGAUGGGCCAGAUGAACUUGGGGCGACCUGCUCAGCCUCAGCCACAACCCUCAAGCUCAGGGAUGGCCGAGGGGCGACCUACGCAGCCGCAACCCUCAGGGUCAGGCUCAGGGGGUGCCGGUGGCAGCAGCAGCAGCAGCGCUCCCCUUGGUCGUGGCAACAUGCGAGGCAGGAGGCCCAUGGAUACGCCCGCCAGGGUUCUAAAAACCCGACCGGACAGUCUAAGCACCAGGCAGGGUGCAAUUACUAGUCUAUCAAAGCCGCAGACAUUUGCUGUAAAUUACUUUCGCCUCCGUACAUUACCUACAUGGGUGCUGCAUCAAUAUCGAGUGGAUAUAGCUCCGGUGGUGGAGAGGAGUGGUACGAGGAAAUAUCUUCUGCGUGUUCACCAAGAAAGAUUGGGAGGAUAUAUUUUUGAUGGUACUGUCCUGUACACACAAGCACGGCUGACGACCCAACAG